AGUCAAAGCAAUCAGAUGAAAAUUUCACUGCUCAUUUUUGAAACUCACUUCGCACCGCAGGUUGUGAUCACGUACCACUUUACUAACAGUUUAGAAGUAGUGUGUAGUGAGAGCUCGCGGGUCGUCUUAUUCUGUCCUGAACUUGCCAACAUGGCGUUAAACAUCGCUGUUCCGCUGACGACCGUUGGAGAUCUGAUGGAAGGCUUCGGGCUACUGUCGCCGAUUUCACCGCUCAGUGUGGACUGCCGUGCUGUUACGACUACCGGAAGCCACGGUAAGAAGCAGCUGGUCUCACCCGUUGGCAGCGAAUCGAGUGGCGUCAGCUCUCUGGAUUCUGAUGAGAUUAAGAAACCGUCCUCGCCACCAACUACACCAACGGAGGAAGUGGAGAGGCCAUCGACUAGUUCUCCAUUGCCACCGUCUGAGGCGACCGAACCGGAAACGACUAUCGUAACGGAUGCUACCGAAGCAAAAUCGUCCAGCUGUUCGUCGACACGUUCGUCGCUUUCGUCAACGGAUAGUAUCAGCAGCAGCGAUGGCAGCAGCUCGGAUGAAUUUGCUGCUACCCUAACGCAAGAUGAUCUGUCAGAACCAGAACCCACGAUUCCAAAAGUGGUCAAAGUCGAAAUCGGUGGCCGCAAUGUACUGAAUCUUCUGGACAACUUGACCUCGCCGGAUCACUUCCGUUUGCAAUUCGCUCAGCUGCCGGAGAAUGAUAAUAUUCAUUUCUUUCUGGACAAUCGUUCCCAGUACCAUCGUUUGGGAGCGAAUGGCCACAUUCAGGAAUACACGAUGGUAAAGUGUAAAUGUUGUGAUUUUCGAUAUCCGGUCAAUGGAACCUCACCGACAAAUGGAGGAACUACGGCAAGCAUGGGACAGGCCAACUUGGCCACAAUUUUCCAGCAACAGACACAACAUCAGCAGCCUCAGCAGCAACAACCGUUCCAGUGGAACAGCUUCAACAAUUACGAUAGUAUUUCAAAUAAGAAUAAGGUGGGCGUUAACGUUGCGGUCAGUGCAUUUAACAAAACAUUCGGUGGUAGCAGCAAUAGCAGUCAGUAUUUCCGGAGCCACAUUGCCGCUAGUCUUGGAAGGGAUUCCAACCGCACCAACAACAACAAUAACAGUGGCGGCAAUUUUCUCAACAGCACCAGCACGUACAAUAACCAUAAAGCAUAUCAGCAAGGCUUCGGUUCAUCAAACAACAACGGCAGCAGCAAAUUCAAUUCACAAUAUGGAAACUAUCAAUUCCAGCAGCAACAACAACAGCAGUCGCAGCAUUCGCAAAUGUUCUCCAAGAAUCAACAGAUGCGCUAUGGCAGUGGCAAUAGCAACGGUUCGAGCGCAUACAACGCUUCCCCAGCGCUCGCUGCUGCCGCUGCUGCUUUGGCAAACUAUAACAUGCCGAGCGCCAACAGUUACAAUGGCAAGUUCAACAAUCACCAUAACAUGUUAACGUACUACAAGGCUAUGAUGAACUGAAGAGUAUCCAGGAGAGGAGAACGUUAUUCCAGUACACCGAGAAAGUAAUCGGUGUCGUAGUUCGAUGAUUGUGAAACGAUUGUUAAUAUUCAGCACCACAUUGUGUCUCCUUCAUCGUCGUCUUCAUUUUGUCGUCAUAUCGUUGGACGUGCGUGGAAGUUGGGUGGCCACCCCCUGUGUGUUCGGGCGAAUUGUAGUUCCUUUUGAGCCUGACAAAUCCUUCCAAAAUAUCAGCGUAUAAGAGAUAAAAGAAACAUCGUGACCAGCCAAAUCAAAACUAACGAAUGAGGAAUGGAACGAGAGGUUGCUAAUCAGAACAUCAAAAUUAAAGUUUUUUUUUUACUUCAGGAUAGUUAAUGCAAGCAAGCAAAAUCCGUUGUAAUUAUUUUACAUACAAACAUACAAGCUUACAUAUAUAUAUUUUAGAAUAAUUGACCUUGCAUAAGAAAUCAAUGUUGAAUUUUAGUUAUUUAUUAUUAAUAUCAAUGUCGAUUGUAUUUCCAAGCAAAAUCCUAACUAGAUCGAGCUCCUUAAAAAGUUAGAUCCGAUUUACCUGUGCUAUCAAUUAGUAUUUUAUCAUGCAUCUAGAGAUGGACUCCCAAAAGCAAGCAAACAUAGAGAAUAAAUCGAUCGAUUGUCGUCCUAUUUUUACUGGAAAUAUGAUGAUAGAGAAUUUAUACUACUAGACAGAGGAAAGGAUCUCAUAGUCAAUCAGUUGGAUUAAGACCGAAACACUACAAACAAACGUGUUGCGUUUGGAAUUUGUGUAUCAAGUAGAUUGAAGUGGAACAGAUAGUGGGUGUGCGGUAUUCAAUGGUUUAAGACGGUGAUGCUAGUGGAAAAUUGAAUUAUAUAUAAUAUUGAAUAUAAUUUACUAUAAACUACUUCUUACACAAAUUCCAAAAAUAGCACACGAACCAAGAAAUGUAGGUUAAAAUUUAAGGCACAGCCUUUAGUAUAUAAAGACCGAACGCAAUGUCUCCAUCCCGUGUCUUUUUGCGCUUUAUUAUAAAAUAUCAUUCUUGAAUGUGCGAUUUUUAGUCAUGUAGGCAAAAGCAGAAAAGAUGAAUAAAGAAAAACUUUUAUCACUAAAAUCCCACAGCCAAACAAAAGCAAAUGUGUGUGUGCUGAUUAGUUUUGAAGCAAAACGAUGCACCUUUUAAUUUGAGAUCUUGUCGGAAAUCAACCAUCAUCAAGUCACAUUGGCUGCCCAAACAAAUUAUGAAUGUACCUAGUAUAAUAAUUGUUAGUUUCUUUGUCCACCGUUUCCCCCACACCAAAAACCAUUCGAGGGAACGUGCACACACAUACCCGCAGGAGAAAAUUCUGCUUGAGAAGCAGAACAGUGAGAUUUCAGCUUACUUGCCAUUUUCAGGGACUUUAGUAAAAGAACAUAGAAGUGUUUCAAACAUAGAUACAAAACGAAAAGCAAGCAGUGAAAUGACAAAAUGCCAAAAUCUAAUAGUUUUAACGAAAUUAUGUUUUACUUUUUGAUAUGUAUUAGUCGGGAAAGUAAAGUUAGAGAAA